AUGUUCAGUACAAAGGAGAAAAGACUACGGUUCCACUGCACGCUCGCGCUUCGCCCGUGGCAAUCAAACGAAUAUCCGACUCCGAUCAUCCUGCUUGCGGCCAAUUUGGGCUCUUUGCGACCAAGUACGUGGGAGAGUAGACCUGCACCCAAGCUCUACCAAGAAAACCGCCAGAAAGAUCCCCCCAAACACUCACAUCAUCAACUACAUUGGCACGCUUUCGUUUCUUGCUCCCAUAUGCCUCUCAAUGAGCGACGGGAAACAGGCGAAGUUCAUUGCGACGAACGCGAAGAGUCUGAUUACGAUCUUUCGUUAUUCCGAAGCAACGAUGUCAGCAUCGGAAUAGACGCGAGUCGUGUUGGGAAUGAGGCAAGAUUCGUGAAUGAUUACCGUGGCGUACCAGCUCAGGAACGGGCCAACGCCGCAUUCGUGGAGGAUAGAGUUGGCCAGUUGAGGAUAAGAAUAGAGAGCACGAGAAUGAUCAAGAAAGGUGCCGCGGCGAGGAAAUCCUGGUGUCGUAUGGCAAGACAUGGUGGAAAGCGCGCACAGGCACUUAGCAGAACGUAGCAGAUUGUGCCCUUGUCGUCGUGAGAGUACGAGA